CAAUUGCUUCAGGUAGAGUAUGCCCCCUAAAAAGAAAGGUAAGAAAAGUGGAAAGGGUAAGAAAGGUGGCAAGAAGGGUAAAAAAUCGGGUACUGAAGAGAAUGGACCUAAGAAAGAGACUAUAACAGAACUGCAAAAGGAAUUCUACAUCAUACAGAUAAAUGAUUUAGAAAAGCGUCUUGACAGAUAUCAGAGUAAAUGUGAUCAGUUGGAAAUAGAGAGUAAAGAUCUACAGAAGAAUUAUGAAAAGCAGACUCAAGAUAAAAAAGAAAUUGUUGCAUUUUUAAAGAAAAAGUUGGAGCAGAUGGGGGAUGAAGUUGCAGACCUGCAGGAGAAACUCAUCAGUCUUCAACAAGCAAAGGAUGCUGAAAAAGAUUCAUACGAGUUGCAGAUAACACAGCUGAAAACUGAAGCCCAGGAAACUAAAGACCAGCUUACAUCAGAGAAUAUGUUGAUAAAUGGAAAGUUGGAGCAACUGGAAGAUUUCAGACAAAACAAAGAGGAAUUGGAGGCCAAGUUCAAAACCAUGGAAGAAUUACUGGAACAAGAACAGAACAGUCGCAAAGAUGCAGUGUACAACCUAGAAAGAAAAGAGGUUCAAAACCGGGAUAGGCUAAAAAAAGAAAUGACUGCUCGAGUAAACACGGUUGCUGCUGAAUUUAGGAAAGUGUCGAAUAAGCAGAUGGCAGAAACUACAAAGCGAACAAUUCGUGAAAAUGUGUCUAUCAAUGCUCAGCUAGCUAAAAUGUCCGAGAAAACUAUUGAGCUGAUUAAGGAAAAUGAUGAAUUAAGACUUCGUGACAAGAGGCAUCAACAGACAAUUAACAUGCUUGAAGACAAUGAAAAAGAAUUGGCGAGGAAAAACAAUACCUGUCAAAAAAUGAUCAAUAUGCUGUUGCAGAAAGUGAAAAAGUAUGAACAAAACGUUGACGAAUACAAGAUCAUGGAGACUGACCACAAGGAAAUGGCCAUGACCAUGAAUAUUUUAGAGUCACAACUUGCAGAUGUUGAGAUAGAUUUAGAGGACAAGAAGAUGGGUAAAAUGGAAUACGAGCAAGCUUAUCAGAAAAAGAUUGAGGAACUCAAAGCCAGCAAGUCAAGAGUGAACCAACUAUCUCGAAUAAUCUUUGAAGCAGCUUUCGGAAUUCAAGUUGCACUUCAAGUGUCUCCAGAUGAUAUAUCUGAUAAGAUGAAGAAGGAAGCUAUCGAACAGGGUGAGGAUCCAGUCGACAGAGAGAGGUUAUUCCACACCCUCCUGACUUUGUUAGCAGCUGCAGGUUUACCAACUGAAGGAUUACCAAAAGAUAUAAUUACUGAACAUAGUGUCAGCAAGACAUCUCAGGCAGGUAAACUCUCAGCAACUAUCCCAUCCCAGCUUAUUGAUCCCAACAAAAUCAGCCACUACCGUUUGGGAGAUCUUGGUCUGGUUCCAAAACCGGCAAGUUCAGGCAAACAAAAACUGCCGCCCAUCAAAUGAUGUGCAUACAAUUAUGCUAUUGGUAUUUGUUAUCAAGUUAGUUGUUGAGAAAUAGGAUCGAUGUAGACUUUAAACCACUUUGAGAUGACUUUUUAUUCUGAAAUAUGAUGUGAUGGUAAUCAUAUAUGCAUAAUAUGAUAAUAAGUUAAUUUGAAACAGUUUCGAUCUGAGGACCCUGUUAAGUUGUUUAGGUUUUGUUUUUCACAAACUUAAGUGGUCACAGCGUAGAACUAACAAAAAUAUUACUUUCAAGAAAGUUAUUAUUAUCGAUUUUUCUCGACAUUCCAAAUGAGUAUUGUGUAUUUUAUAAUAAUGUUUUGCUGCACUGAUUUGUAACGAUGUGCGCUGUGCAAUAUUGUGUGUGUGUAUAGCUACGAAUAAUUGAAAAGUACUUCAUUUA